UCAAGCUCACAAAUGUACCAAAUUGGGCGCGGGCGCGCAGCGCGGCGCUGGGCGGGCGCGGAAAAAUGGACAAAAACAUCAAGUGGUGGUCCAUGUACAUUUGCUUGAUCGGUUUCUUUUAUUUCUUCUCUUCUCCUUUCAUUAGGAAGACUAUCAAGCCAAGUUAUUCUUACUUCAUCCGUUGGUACAUUGCAUGGAUCUUCAUGGCAGCUUUAUAUCAUCUUCCAAGUUUUCAGUCGAUGGGAGUCGACUUGAAAAUGAACCUUUCUCUCUUCAUCACAAUUUCUAUCACCUCCCUUCUUUUUCUUAUUGUUUUCCACAUUAUAUUUCUCGGGCUUUGGUACUUGGGCAUGGUUUCGCGAAUGGCAUAAAAGAGACCAGAGAUACUCACUAUCAUCCAAAACUGCGCAUCAUUGCGGUAAUCGAGCUAUCACAAGAGAGAAGCACUUUGAUAGAAGAAACUCAAAUUGGUUUUCUUUCCCUUUGUGGAACAAACAAGAUAGAAAUAUAUGGAUAUCCAAGUUCCUUAAAAUGCACGAGUGGAAGGACCAAAUUUGUUCUUCCUGGUUUGCGUCGGUUGGUUCUGCUAGCGACUACCCGCUCUUUUCUAAAUGGGUCAUCUAUGGGGAGGCAACGUUUAUCGGACUCUACAUCACUAAUUAUGUCAUCGAACGAUCAACUGGAGUAUGAGAAGUUGAAGAAACAAAUGAAACCUGAUUUCUUGGACAUGGUACCUUGGUAUUUGAGGACUUCCAUCGACUUAUUCAAGACGGUAUUUGAUCUCAUGGUAUCCGUGACUCUAUUUGUUGGUCGAUUUGACAUGCGAAUGAUGCAGGCUGCUAUGAACGAGGUUCCUGACGAAUCUAAAAUCAGCGAUCUCCUGUACGAUCAUCUUCAAAACAGAGACAAACUUUGUACUAUUUAUUUUUAUAAUAUGUAAAAUAUAUAAAUAAAUGUUAAAUAAUUUAGAUUAUUGAUAUUAGAUAUAAAUGUUAAUUUUAUAAUA